GUCUACGUCUUUGCAUCGUCGCCAUCAGCUGUGACACUCGAACACCUCUCGCAGACGCAUCCGAUCCCGUCAUCCCGUCCGGCAUUUCGCCACCAAUGGCGCGAGUGCUUACGCGGUGAGGCAAAUCUACCGCGGCGCGUGCCCCUCUGCGUGCGUCCUUCCCCCGGUGUCACAGCAUGGCCGUCCAGUGCGCGUUCGCGCCCUUCACAUGUUCGAGGGAAUGCCCGGCCGGAGAACCUGCGCAGGGUGCACGCGCGGAUGGCCGUCGCGCAGGCGCAGGCAGCAACGUCGACAAUCUCCAUCUCUGGUGUGGACUGAUGUCGUGGGCCUUGGCGCCACGUUCAGUUCAGGUCCGAGCUGGUCGGCGCACAGGCCUACUUUUGCUCCUGCUUGCUGUGCUGCCUCCGGUGUGCCUUGAGAUGACGGGGCUUCUCAUGGUAGUUGACGCGGCAAUAGGAUGGCUGGUGCAAACCAUCCUUGGGAGCUUCUUCACUGAACAGAUUGAAGCCUGGGCUCGUGAAAUUGGGCUUGCUGAAGAUGUGGAGAAGCUCAAAUUUGAGAUGAGAAACGUGGAGAUGGUUCUUGCUGCUGCCGAGGGAAGGAGGAUUGAAAACAAGCCUCUGGCACGUUCACUGGAUGAUCUCAAAGAGCUGCUUUAUGACUCGGAGGACGUGAUGGACGAGCUCGAUUACUACCGACUCCAGCAGCAGAUCGAAGAAGGGAAAGGUUGUAGUGCUCCUAGUGGUGUUAAUCCUGAGGGAAGCUACGUGUCCUCAUCAGCUCCAUCUUCUGCUUAUGAAUUAGUAUGCAGUGCCACAAGACAAAUGACUAGUUGGGCCUCAUGCAGCAGAAAAAGGAAGCGUGAAGAGGAGGGGCCAGCUCAAAGUACUAUGCUGACUUCUGAGAUUAAACAUGACAUUUCUCAGAGGAUCAACGGAAUAGUGAAAGGUUUAUGCACUAUUGGCAGUUCCGUGCAGAGAGUUCUUCAGCUUGAGGUCUCGCGCCCCACUGCAACAUCACUUGAGAGUCAGAAUAUUUCCAAUAAUGCUCGGCUGACAACUUCUGUUCCAGUUGAAGUUAAGAUGUAUGGGAGGGAGUCAGAGCGAGACAAGAUAAUAGAGCUGUUGACAGAGGGGGGUUCUAGUGAUCUGAAUGUUUUGCCGGUGGUUGGCAUUGGUGGUGUUGGGAAGACAACUCUUGCUAGAUUUGUAUGCAAGGACCAAAGAAUUAGAGAUCAUUUUGAUCUGCAAAUGUGGGUUUGUGUAUCCACUGACUUCAAUGAAGUGAGGAUAACACGUGAGAUCCUAGAGCAUGUAUGUGAAAAUAGACAAGAAUAUGAAAAUAUAAGCAAUUUCAAUGUACUGCAGAAGAACCUUUUGAAGAAUAUCAGAAACAAAAGAUUUCUGCUCGUAUUGGAUGACAUGUGGGAAGACAAGGACAGGAAUGGAUGGAUUAAACUCUUGGCUCCAUUGAAAGGUAAUCAAGCAAGUGGUUGCAUGAUACUAGCAACAACUAGAAUGAAUUCAGUUGCAAAAAUGAUACAAACGAUGGAUGAAGUCAAAUUGAGUGGCCUGAAUGAAAAGGAGUUUUGGCUGUUAUUCAAGGCAUGUGCAUUUGGUAACGAGAACUACGAGGGUGAUCCUGGUUUGCAGUCUAUUGGGAAACAGAUUGUGAAAGCACUAAAGGGCUGCCCACUAGCCGCACAAAGUGUUGGUGCACUUUUGAACACAAGUGUUAGUGAUAAGCAUUGGAGGGCAGUUCGGGACAAAUGGAGAUCUCUUCAACAAGAUGCUAAUGAUAUUUUACCCGUCUUGAAGCUUAGUUAUGAUUAUCUUCCAGUCUACCUUCAACGCUGUUUCUCGUACUGCUCUUUAUUUCCAGAGGACAAACGUCUUCAUGGGAAAGAAUUGGUCCGUGCUUGGGUAUCACAGAAUUUUGUGCAGUGUGAAGACCCUACGAUGAAAUUGGAGGAAACAGGGCGGCGAUAUUUGGAUAGAUUAGUUGAUUUGUGCUUCUUCCAAAAGGUUGGCUCACGUUAUGUUAUGCAUGAUCUAAUGCAUGAAUUGGCAGGGAAAGUUUCAUCAAAUGAGUGUGCAACUGUACAUGGAUUGAAACAUGAGGAAAUUCGACCAAGUGUUCGCCAUUUGUCAAUCAUAACUACUGCUUUUGAUAAAGAUAAAGCUGGCAGUUUUCCUAUUGAGAAGUUUGAUGAAAUACUUCAGAAGGUUGGACCUUUGCAAAAAUUGAGGACUUUGAUGUUGUUUGGGCGAAGCAGCAUACAUUUAUUAGGGUCCUUGCGUACUUUAUGCAAGAAGGCAAAAUGUUUGCGGUUCCUAAGAAUUUAUGUGACAGAUGCUGACAUCAGCUCUAUACACAGUUUGUUAAAUCCAUACCAUCUUCGCUAUCUUGAAUAUAUUCCUGUUGUCAUUACACCCAGAUCGUCUAGAGUCUACAACAACACUGUGUUUCCUCAGGCAUUGACAAGAUUUUAUCACCUUCAAGUAUGGAAUGUGGGUAUUUCAGGCAAUUUUUCUGUGCCUACUGAUAUGCAUAAUCUUGUUAAUUUGCGCCAUCUUAUUUCUCAUGAAAAAGUGCAUCAGGCAAUAGCCUGUGUUGGAAACAUGACCUCUCUUCAGGAACUAAGUUUCAAGGUUCGAAAUGGUGGUAGUUUUGAGAUAAGAGAACUUCAGUCCCUGAAUGAACUUGUACUACUUGAAAUUUCUCAACUUGAAAAUGUGAAGACUAAAGAAGAGGCUAGUGGGGCCAGGCUAUUAGACAAAGAGUAUCUAGAAACAUUAUCCUUGUCAUGGCAAGAUAACAGCACGAGCCUUCAGACAGAGGCAGCAAAGGAUGUGCUGGAAGGUCUUCAAGCACAUCAGGACCUCAAAACUCUAAAAAUAACUGGAUACGGUGGUGCUACCUCCCCAACCUGGCUUUCUAAUACUUCCUCAGUUACCUUGCUGCAGAUACUUCAUCUAGAGAAGUGCAGUGAAUGGAAAAUUCUUCCAACUCCUGCAAUGCUUCCUUUCCUUAGGAAGCUGACAUUGAUCAGAAUGUUGAAUUUAACGGAAAUCUCAGUUCCUUCCUUGGAAGAGUUGAUCUUGAUUGAUAUGCCAAAACUGGACAAAUGUAUUGGUUCUUAUGGAAUGGAAUUGACUUCCCAUCUAAGGGUGUUGAUGAUCAAGAACUGUCCUCAACUGAAUGAGUGCACUCUUUUCCAGAGUUACUCUUCUUUCAACACUGAGCAGAAGUCAUGGUUUCCAUCUCUCAGGAAACUCUCCAUCGGGCAGUGUCCUCAUAUAUUAAACAACUGGCCAAUCCUUCCACUAAGAGAAAUGGAGGUGCUCAAGGAGUUGGAGUUGAUGGACCUACAUGUUGUCAGAGUCUCAGUUUCUUCUCUGGAGAAGUUGGUGUUGACUAAAAUGACAAGCCUGGUAUUUUGCAGCAGUCUAACCUCCCAAGGAGAUCAAAUGGGAUUGCCAUCUAGUCUGCGUAGACUUACCAUCCAUGAUUGCCCUUGUUUGAUAGUGUCACACCCUCUUCCGCCUUCUGCUUUGAUUUCUGAGUUGUCCAUCAGGGGAGCUCUGAGACUUGCAAGAAUGAGUAUAAAGCAUAGAUGGUUCUCUAUCGAAUCUAAUGAGUUGAGUGUGCUAGAUGACAGUAUCCUGGCAUUCAGUAACCUUGGGGGCAUAACAUCGUUUGGAAUAAGAAACUGCCAAAAUCUGAUCUCUCUUUCAAGUAAAGCUUUCAGCCAGCUCAUUGCUUUAGAGUCCUUGGAUAUACGCAACUGCCCUAAUCUGACUAUGUCAAACAUUAUGCCAGAGGUUGUCCUCUCAUCUCUCAAACGUGUCUACAUUGACAGAUGUGGCAUAACUGGGAGGUGGCUAUCUCAACUGCUUUCACAUUCACCGCCCCUUGAGGAGUUACAAUUAAGGGACUGUCCGCAGAUAAAGUUUCUAUCAAUCAGUCAACCUACAGAAACGGAAGGAACCAGCAGUUUGGCUUCAGCAGUGAUGACCUUGGCCCAAGAUGAACAUGAAUUGAAACUUCCAUAUAAUCUCCUAUGUUCUCUCAAGGUGCUAUGGAUUCAGCAAAGCUUGGAUCUGAAGUUCUUUGGGGGUAAUAGAGAUUCUACAAGAUUCACCUCUCUUAGGGAGCUAGUCCUUUGUGGUUGCCCCGAGCUGGUCUCAUCGUUGGUGGGUGAAACGAAAGAUGAUGGUACCGUGGAAGUUGGAUUACUCCCUCCAUCACUUGAAGACCUUACUAUCACUCCUCUCCCAAGAAACUUGCAGUCCUUCACUCCUCAAGGCCUUCUCCACCUCAAAAAGCUAAGUCUAUCAGAUAGCCCAUGUUUGAAGUCUGUACAGCUGCAUUCUUGUACGGCUCUACAGGAGCUGCAAAUCUGGCGCUGUGGUAAGCUGGCUGUACUGGAGGGCUUGCAGUUCCUGACCUCCAUUCGAAGCUUGGAUAUCUGGUUGAAUCCCGAACUGUCUUCUGCAUGGGAGUUCAAACUGCAGGAGCAAGAACAAGGUGGCAAUCAAAUUCAGCUGCUUCCUCCGUCACUUGAUGAACUUGAGAUUUGUGCUCUCACAGAUAGGGUCCAGUCCUGUCUCUUGACCUGCCUCCCUGCCAUCACCAAAUUAGCAAUACGGCACAGUCCAGAAUUGACGUCUCUACAGCUGGGAUGUUGCACGGCACUGAAAGAGUUGGAAAUUCGACACCACAACUCACUUGUGUCGAUCGAGGGCCUCCAGUUCUGUAGAAACCUGACAUCCUUGAAAGUAUUUAACCCCCCUGGCCUAGCUUCCUGUUUGGAGCUUGUGUCGCAUCAGCAAGGGGCCUCUGAGAUCUGGUCCAGACUGGAAACUCUUGAGAUUGAUGACGCAUCUGUCCUUUCCAUGCCCUUAUGCAAACAGCUCACAUCUCUAACACACCUAGAGUUUUGUUCUCGGAGUGUUGAACAGAGAGAGAGCUUUGUGAACCUAACAGGGGAACAAGAGAGAGGGUUACAACUUCUAACCUCCCUUCAAGAACUUCGAUUUCGGCAUUACCCGAAUCUCUUGUCACUUCCUGAAAACCUGCACAGCCUGACCUCCCUUGAGAGGUUAUCUAUAUGUCAUUGUCAGAGCAUCACAAGGCUGCCAGACAUGGGCCUCCCACCAUCACUCAGGGACCUUGUGUUAUUUUAUUGCAGUGAGGAGCUAGGCAUGCACGGCAGAAUUGUAGCAACAGAGAAGCUAAAGGUCACGAUUGAUUAUCAGUAUGCGAAUUAAUCACCAGUGUUUACUUCUAAGAUUGCAGCCAUCCGAGAUGUUGUACAUAUUUCUGUGCUCCCUGUCACCAGCACAUUUUUGUUCAAGCAUCAUUCACCCCUUUGACUUUCCACAAGCUACUCUAGCUGCAUGAUGGAUGGACCAAGGAAACCAUGUUGAGAGUGGCAACUCUUUUUGUUUAUCAGGGGCAUUAUGACCUUUCGCUUAUUCUUGUGUCUUCUAGUUGCUGGCUGGCUGUGAGCUAUGCCAUAUCAACUGGCCGUGAGUGCAAGCCUUACCAUGGGGUUUGUUAUUCAGUGAAACCACACAGCAGAUCAUUGGAACCAACCUCACAUGGUAUGCUUGAUGUUGCCAUGUUACAUCAUGGCAUUUGGAAUCUGUGGCCAACCAGGACUACACAUUAAUUUGCUGGUUGCCUGGCUCUACUGUUUCGGGUACAUUCGAUUGAUUAUCAUCACCUUCAUUAACACGUGUACGUUGGCAGUUGGGCCAUGCCCAUGAAUCACCCAGGCAGAUAGCGUUUCAACGAGGCACUUUUCCAAAGGCCGAGACAGUUCUCUUCAACUUGAGUGUCCAGAAGGCAAAAGAUGAUGGCAAUGGCGAUUUCUACUUUGGCCUGCAGAACCUCGUGUCCCUUCGGCAGGUCACUGUGGGAAUCGACCGUCAUGGUGUCACACUUGCGGAUGUGAAGGAGGCGGUGGCUGCAUCGAGGCGCGCAGUCAAUGUCCAUCCCCAGCGUCCCAUCAUCAUCUUUGAUAUUAGGCCACUUAUACAACAUGACGAGGCACAUAAGGCAAAGGAGUUGCAUCCCGAGUUCAUCAUCGACGAAGAGCUGAUCGGGGAGCAAAGGAAACUCCCUGAAAAUUUUCAGAAAUUUCGUUCACAAACUACAAGUUGGGAUUCAACAUCCAGAAUUUAAAUUGGCUCUGUCGUAGGGCCGAGCGUGUGAAUCUUUUGUUUUCUGUAAGCACGGGAACGCCAACCCACCGUGCCUAGUGAAAUGCGAAAUCUCUCCUCUCUUUUUUUUCUUGCCUCGAAGUUGUUGUCAUUUGGGUUAUUUUCUUUUUCUUUUCACAGAAGUCAUUUUUGUAUAUCUGCUAGACGGUUUCUCUACUUUGGAGAUUUGUACUUGACUGGUACAGACCGUCGCGUAGUAUAUCUGAGAGACAAGAGAGGAGUUCAGAGUUA